AAACGAUCUUACAUCUGCACAGUAAGCGCUACCGGUUCUAGUCGUUCAUCUUCCAUCGUGAGAAUACUGCUGAUGUGCAAAGCUGUCAUCACUUCUGGGAGUACCAAACUACAGCUGGAGCAUUACAUUAUCCAUGCAUCUUUCUGUUAAAGGUGUGCCUAUUCGUAAGAUACUGCGAGUUAACGUUUAUAUAUCCAUUUCAAAUGCAGCACAUAUUCUGCAGACAUGCUCUCUCCGGAUCUGGAACAGAAAACCUACAUUUUCUGUCGGAAGUGGGUUGACCGUGACGCCCGGCGCGUGUGUGCUGCGCGCGCAUUGCCGUCUCAGGACGGAAGUGCACGGCUGCAGCGCCGAGGAAAGCAAGAACGGUGAAAACGAAGCGGAAUUAGUCAAUGAGAGAGGGAGGAGAGGAGAGAGGGAGAAGGGGAAAGAAGAGGAGUGUGCGACACGGAGACUGCUGGACGCUGGUGCCGUGGUGGACGUGGCGGGUCCGGCUGACUGUAAGCGCAUCCGCAGCAACGGCGAGCCUAAGGCAAUAAAAAGCAAUGAAUUGGGAGAACGGCAGGUAAUCAGCAAGAAGGGGCCACAGGGAAGAGUGGCACUCUUAACCCAGGGAAGCAGCAGCCUUAGCACUAGACUGGCGCUCCUCACUGGAGGCUGACAUUAAGCACUGUGCACACAAGCUAUCACUUCCGACGGAAGCACUGUUGAGUGGGCGGACCUGGGCGCCCUCAGCAUGGCCGAGCUGGAGACAGAAUGCAUCACGUUAGGACUCAGCACUCUGGCGUCUGACUGUGGCUCGGCGCCUUUGGACCCACUGCAGCCCGAUUGCACGACACCCACUCUCGCCAUACUGUCAUCGGAGUGCGGCACGUCCCCACUCAACGCACUCACCUCAGAGAUUGCUGAGCCCAUGGCCAUGCUGCCUUGUGUGAAGAGCGAGCCAGAGCUGGACCCUAUUCGCACCGUGGACCUGUCUGAAAUCCAGCCGCUCAGCACAGCCGAGCUGGGCUCCGAGCAGAUCAAGAUGGAGAUCAGCGGCCUGGACUACAUCAAGUCUGAGCACCAUGGUGACAUGCAUUCCUUCCACAGCACGGAGCUGGACUCCUACAAGUCACAUUAUGAUCCAAGCCUGGUAUUCGACUAUAUUACCCAUGUGUCUGAUAGCCUUGAGUACAUCAAAUCGGAGCAACAUGCCGACCUGCAGUGUUACUAUGCCAUGGAGCUGGGAUCCAGCAAGUACGAGUACGAAACCAACCUCAUGUCCAGUCAUCUAAAGUCAGAGAUGAAUGGCCUCGAGUCCAUCCAUAUGGCAGAGCUGCGUACAGAGCUUAAUAAGCUCCGUCCUGAAGCCGUCAUCGAUAGCGUGGGCAAAGUGGACUCAGAGUUCUCCACAGGCCCUUUGUUUGAGCUGCAGUCUGCUCAGACGGCCAAAGGUCUGAAUGCACAGAGCCAUACCAGCACAAAGUCCCAUGGCACGACCCCACGUAAACCUCGCAACCUCACGGGAGAGAAAGCCUUCUCCUGUACUCAGUGUGGUAAGAACUUCAGCACUCUCGGAAACCUGAAAACACACCAGCGCAUUCAUACCGGCGAGAGGCCUUAUACCUGCUCCCAGUGUGGCAAGAGCUUUGGGCAAGCAGGCAACCUCAAGAGGCACCAGCUUAUCCACACGGGACAGAAGCCGUACACCUGCGCCCACUGCCCCAAGGGCUUCACCAAAGCGGAUGACCUGCGUUCGCACCAGAGGCUGCACACAGGUGAGAAACCGUUCACCUGUGUAGAAUGUGGAAAGAGCUUCUGCCAGUCGAAAGAACUUAAAGCCCAUCAGUUAAGCCACACUGGAGAGAGGCCCUUCUGCUGCUCGCACUGUGGCAAGACCUUCACUAAGGAAACCAGUUUCCGCAACCACCAGCAGAUCCACACAGGCGAGAAGCCGUUCAGCUGCUCUCAGUGUGGCAAGAGCUUCAGCAAUUCAGGGGUUCUCAAAACGCAUGAGAAGAUUCACUCUGGGGAGAGACCCUUUGGCUGCACUCAGUGUGGGAAGAGCUUUGGCCGCUUGGGACAUCUAAAAGCACACCAGCAGAUCCACACAGGGGAGCGACCAUACGCGUGCCAGCAGUGUGGGAAAAGCUUCAGCCAGUCGGGCCAUCUCAAAGCACACGAGCAAAUUCACAAACGAGAGCGGCCAGAUCUGAGCAGUGGCAGCAGUCGCAGUAAUGAUAGUAGCUAAACACCUCUUAACCUUUUAAAGUAUUAUUCUCUUUUUUUUUUUUUUUUCAACAAAAUCUACAGUAUAUAUAAAUAUAUAUGUUUCCAUAUGUUUUCCAUACCUUAUGCCAUUUUUGCAAUAUGUUUUUGGGUCCAUUUGUGACUGAUUUGCUCUUAUGCAAGUGUCUUUAUGUUGGGUUGAGUGAAGUUACGGAGGUUCUCAUCUUUGUAUCUUGUCAAAUAUGUGUUGUAGUGAGUGCCAUUCUAGUUUAUUUCCUCCAGAGAAAUACUCACUGUGUACACAUUUAUUGAUAACAUGUAAUUCCUAAACCAUGUACUGGAAUGACAUAUUAAAGAAACUAAUGUAAAAACCA